GUUUGAGCAUAUUCACUAAAUUUUAUUGUUUAUUCUCUACCCAUAUUUUUAUCUACUUUAAAAGUACAGUAAGAUAGUGAAGCAUCGAUAGGUUUUAUGUAAAAGAUGGUGGAGUGGUGGAGUUCAAAUUUUGAAUCACCACGACUGUCAUGCGAGGAAGGCAUAAAAUGCAUUUCGCCUCGCAAGUAAUCGUUUCUUCUUUCAUUCUCGCUUAAUCGCAACAGCUUCCGACAAUGUUCAAAAAGCCUUUAGCUAAUUUGAAAACAUUCAGUCCUUUACGUUCCUCCGAUCGCCGAAGAUUUCAAACUGAGGCAUAUGAAGCUUAUCCUCUCGUCAAGGAGAUAUGUACUGCCGAGGGCGGUUCACCUUUGAUGCCUGACGAUCUAAGAUCGGCUAAGUUUAUAUCUCAUAGCGGAACGUCAGGCAAAAUAUACAUGUCUGGGAAGCAAGUUCUAUUCAUAUCAUUAGAAAAAUUACCACCCAUUCCAACAGUGUAUACUUUAUGGCAAUACCCGUCAAUGUUACCGAAACUCUAUACUUGGGAUCCUGUUAUUAAUAAGCUGAUGGAGGGUGCAGAUUUGAUGAUUCCCGGUUUAGUACCUGGGCCGGACGGUACCCUUCCGCAGUUAGAAACUGGUGACUUAGUAGCCAUUACCAUCAAGGGUUACGCAUAUCCACUUGCUGUUGGUACAAUGGCUCUACCAACCUCAGAUAUCAAACCUCGUUCAGGGAUGAAGGGCAAAGCGGUGCAUAUUAUUCAUGUGUAUGAAGACUAUUUAUGGGCUAUGGGUGAUAAAUCUGCACCACCAGAAUUAAAAAAAGUAGAAGACGAUGGCACUGAUGGAGAAGGAGAAGAAGAACAAGAAGAUAUCAGUAACAACGAUAAUAACACCGAAAACAGCGAGCUUAUAAACUCUGAGGUUGCAAUUGCAUCAACAGAAUCAACAGAAAUAGCACAGUCUGCAACGAAGGAACAGGAUACGAAAGCUGAAUUAAAGACAAAUGAAAUUGACGAGUGGCUCAAAAAAUCACUCUACCAUGCAUUAGUGCAUAAAAUCAAGGCAGAUAGCCAUUCCAAUAUAUUACCAUUAUCAGGUUCCUCACUCUACUCAAGCUAUAUUAUGCCAUGCCGACCAUUAGAGUUUGUUAAUGAAGUGGAUAUCAAAAAAUCUAGCUGGAAGAAGUUGCAAAAGUUUCUGAAAACGAUGGAAAAAGCAGGCUUGCUAAAAACGAAAGAGCAGCGAGGAGAAACGAUGAUUACGUCUAUCAACUAUUCUCAUCCAAGCUUACAAAAUUUGCAGCCAUAUCGAACUAUGGAAGCAGCGACUACAGCAGCAUCACAAUCAUCUUCAAAAGAAAACCGUAAUGACAUUGAAAACACCAGUAAAAGCACUGCGCACCAAAAAGAUUCACAGCAACCUGAACAAGCCGAGAUCCAGGAGUUAUACAAACCAUUGGGUGAACAUUUAACAAAGUUUUUCGAGGAAGCUAAAUACGACGCGGGCCAAAUGUAUACGAUUCCUGAGGUUCGUCAGGUUUUGACCGACUAUAUCAAAAUCAACAAUUUGGCAGAUUCCCAAAACCAAAAGAUGAUCAACAUCAAUCCCACAUUAUGUGAUAUAGUUUUAUCCAAGCAAGAAUAUCAUUCUGUCCAAAAACUAGCCAGGGAUCAGUUAUUAAAUAGACUAUGCUCGAAGAUGCAACACUUUCAUACAAUUAAAUUGCCAGGAAAAGAACCCAUUCUUCGUAAAGGAUCUCCAAAGCCUAUAGAAAUUACUCAAGAAAUCAGACAAGGCAGAAAGACAAUUACGAAGGUUACUGGUAUGGAAGCGUUCGACUUGGAUGUUGAUGAACUCUCUAAAGAAUUGACCCGCCUAUGUGCUAGUAGCGCAACAUAUAACCCUAUCGCUGGCGUUAGCCCUAAGAACCCUUUGAUGGAGUUGAUGGUACAAGGCCCUCAAAUAAAACUUAUCACUAAAUUGAUGAUCAACAAGGGCGUCCCCAAGAAAUUUAUUGAUACCUUUGAUAGGACAACAAAGAAAGGCGGAAAGGCAAAGUAGUAAACUAAUCAGGUGUUCAGUUGGUAUAUUGCAGAGUAAUCUUCCUGCUCAUUUCAGAAAUUCCUCUCUUUCCAACACCUCUUUAUCCAGUUUGAUCAGGAUUGUCGUUCGUUGUGGAAAUCCAUCAAUGGGCACAGUAUGUGCAGUAACUCGGGCAGGCUAAUUAAUUGCACAAGUACGAUUUCUCUUCAGAAACAUUCGCUUAAAAUCAAUUCAAAAAAAAUAAAGCUUACAAAUUGACAUCCAUCCAGAACAGCUUCCACAAUGCCAGCAACAAAGGCAUUACAGUUGAGCUGUGAAAGUUCUUUUGGCACUGAUAUAUAUCUUGUCAAUAGCGGGUCGUUAUCGGAUAUCAUGUCUAUUGCGUAAAUAAAAAAAAAAUGGUUAUCAAGUGUUUUGAAUUUCACUUUUGGGUAGACAUUAUAGGAUAUUAUUCUUUUACAUUCAUCUUCAUUUUCAGUGCUU